UCGAUCCAAAGGCCUCCUCCACCGCACCGGCAAGUCCUGCCGCCUCCGCUGGGUCAACAAGCUCCGCCCCGACUUGAAAUCCGGCCUCAAGUUCUCCGCCGAGGAGGAGAGGAUCGUCAUCGACCUUCAGGCGCACUUCGGCAACAAAUGGGCCAAAAUAGCCACCUACUUGCCCGGCAGAACCGACAACGACGUCAAGAAUUUCUGGAGCAGCAGGCGCAAGAGGUUUGCUAGAAUCAUCAAUUCCACACCCAAAUCUUCUACCGCCGCAGGCCCCCUUAAUUCCACACCUCACAAGAAGGUUCACCCUAUUCAAUUCAUUUUUCUUAAUCAAUGCUUUGUACAAUGAUAUAUUGUAAUUGCUACUCAUGAUGGAUUGAAAGGUGCAGGAGGAGGAGGCAGCAGCAAUGAUGAAGUUGAGAUCAUGUGAUCAUGAAGAGUACUCAUGUUCGUGUGAAUGGACCUCAAUCCCGAUGCUGGAAGACAGUACCAACCCAGCUGCGUGGUUCCCAUUCGAGCCGCCGCCGGACCACUUUGGGCUAGAGACCGCACCCUGCAGCUGCUGCGGCGCUGGCUUUAGUGGGUGGCCGCCGCAGGUACACACACCCUUGCAGCGGCUAGAAAAUGAUCAGGUAGCGGCGGCAGCAGCUUGUUUCAACACCACACUCGGGGGGGACGGUGACGAUCUGGCCUUCUUGGAUGCUCUUGGAAAUGCCCCGCCAGCAGCGGAUCAAAGCUUCAUGUGUUGCAGCAGUGCUGCGGCGGCGGGGAUUAGUAACGAUAACUAUUUCUACUGCGGCGACUCUGUGCUGAUCCCUGAUCCCUCCAGCUUCGUUGAUGGGGACUUCCCCAUUGACUACGACGUGUUUGAUGACCAACUUCCUAACCCGCCACCUGCAGCAGAUUCCUGAUCCAGGACGUGCAUGAGAUUGCGGAAGAAAUACGGAUCUAAUUUGGUCUUGGAUACCUACGAAGGUUUGGACGGC